AUGACGCUGUUGACGAACAGAGCUUCCCCUGUUUCUAAACCAAUCUUUUCUGGAGUGAAGAGGGCAGGGGAGACAGAGUCGGAUAUUAUGUUGAAUUCGAAUUCGGGGAUUCCGAGGGAUUGUGCCUCAAUAGUUAAGGAUUUCAUCCUGGAAUCCAAUUCCAUGAUUGAUUUCCGAUUCCCCGGAUUGUUGGUUAAUCCAGUGAUUUUGAUUUUCUUCGGAGGUCCUUCUGCUCUGGAAGCGAGGGUUCUGAGGAGCGAAGGCCAUUGA